GAUACUACACGGUGGGAGCUUUACCCUGAUGAAGUCACAGCUUCGGACCUCUUAACCCUUCCCUCCCCUAACCCUAACCCUCCAGGUCAUGCCCAAGCUCCCCACUAGCCCCCUAACCCAGAGAAGCCUCAGGCUUUCGGGGGAAAGGGCUUGGGGAUUUUCCGAGUCUACGCGGACCGCUCCGGCUGUGGCUGGGGGUGGGGUGCGGGGCGGAGCCGCUGUGGCCUUUUCCCGGUCCCGCCCCGCCCGGCCGCUAGCCUUGACUUGGCUCGGCCGCGGCAGCUGGAGGCCAGAGUGGAGGCUCGGCCUGGAGCCCGGUGGGCCAUGACGGGCUGCGGGGCCUCGUUGUCGAGCUUCUUCUUCGAGUAUGACACGCCACGCAUCGUGCUCAUCCGCAGCCGCAAAGUGGGGCUCAUGAACAGAGCUGUGCAGCUACUCAUCCUCGCCUACGUCAUCGGAUGGGUGUUUGUGUGGGAAAAAGGCUACCAAGAGGUGGACUCGGUCGUCAGCUCCAUCACCACAAAGAUGAAAGGCGUGGCCUUGACCAACACCUCGGACCUGGGGCUCCGGCUCUGGGAUGUGGCCGACUACGUGGUUCCGGCUCAGGAGAAUGCACUGUUUAUCAUGACCAACAUGAUUGCUACCUUGAAUCAGAGACAGGGCACGUGUGCCGAGCUUCCAGAUGCCAAAACUGUGUGUAAAUCAGACGAUGACUGUGAUCAUGGCUCCACUGAUGUCCAUAGCAGCGGAAUAUCAACGGGAAGAUGUAUAAACUAUAAUACUCAUGUGAAGACAUGUGAGGUGAUUGCUUGGUGUCCAGUGGAGAACGACACCUAUGUACCCCGACCUGCCUUUCUGAAGGCUGCAGAGAACUUCACCCUCUUGGUUAAGAACCACAUCUGGUAUCCCAAGUUUAAUUUCACCAAGAGGAAUAUCCUUCCCAAUACCAGUGCCACCUACCUCAAGUCAUGCAUCUAUGACGCCAAGACAGACCCGUUCUGCCCCAUAUUCCAAUUGGGCAAAAUAAUGAAAAGCGCAGGACAGAACUUCCAGGAGAUGGCCGUGGAGGGUGGCAUCAUGGGCAUUCAGAUCAACUGGGACUGCAACCUGGACCGCGCUUCCUCCCACUGCCUGCCCAAGUAUUCCUUCCGCCGCCUGGACAACCAGGACUCGGACCACACGGUGUCCCCAGGCUAUAACUUCCGGUUUGCCAAAUACUACAAGGACGCGAACGGCACCGAGACGCGGACUCUCAUCAAGGCCUAUGGCAUCCGCUUCGACAUCAUCGUCUUCGGAAAGGCCGGGAAGUUCGAUAUCAUCCCCACCAUGAUCAACGUGGGCUCCGGACUGGCCCUGCUUGGAGUGGCCACAGUCCUGUGUGACAUUAUCGUGCUGUACUUCAUGAAGAAGAAAUUUUACUACCGAGAGAAAAAGUACAAAUAUGUAGAAGAUUACGAUCAGGGUCUCAAUGAAGCACUCAGAACUGAAUAAUGAGGUCAGCCCUAUGACAUCCAGGGCUGGAAUCAGCCCCAGCCUUACACUGCUGUUGGGGUGCUCACCUUUGCAGGAUGCCAAGGCGGAGGAAAUCAGUCACCCCUUGGAGAAGGCCGGACCUCCUCCAGCAGCCUCGACUCACUGCCUCCUUCUGGAUCUCCAAAAUUGCCUCCCCAAGUGUCCCACGCUGUACAUUUGUUUGCCCAGUAAAUGGAUUGUUACUUGCUCCCAUUUUGCUGCUCAAGGUUGGCAUUCUUUUCUGUUUAACAGAGAAUAGCCUGAAGUCUGCUGGCCCCAUCCCAGCACAGUUAACAUGGAUGCAAGCGAUGGAACACUGGAUAAUCAUUUUCUAGAACCACUUUGACGCUUUCUCUCCUCCAAAGCUUGGCGCUCCCUGAGCCUCUGGAGAAGGCGCCAUUCUCCCAGCUUCUGACAGCAGCCUUUCUUAGUCUUGACACACAGGUUUAAAUCAUUUUGAGGGAAGAGAAAGUCACCUUGGAGUAUGGUGUCCAAGGUUAGAGAGUCCCUUGAGCUAUUCACAGCUCACUUAUUUCCUAUGAGCCAGAGAAAUGUCCACAUUAUUGUGAAUGUUUAUUUAGGAGUAUUUGUCCUUGUGCGGAUUCCUUUGUUUAAAAAAUAAAAUGAAUGUGAUCUA